AUGACAAAUACAAAGGCAUCAGUAGCUGGCGAGUUUAUUAGACGAGAUGAUAAAGCAGAAUUUAAAGCUGAACCAAAUCGAUACCAUAUUUAUGUUUCAUAUGCAUGUCCAUGGGCACAUCGUACAUUAGUUGUUAGAAAAUUAAAAGGACUUGAAGAUGUUAUAUCUUAUUCAAGUGUUGAUUGGCUCUUGGAAGACUAUGGUUGGGCGUUCGGUUCAAAUUUUCCCGAUCCUCAUCAUCCAAAUUUUACUCAUUUGAGACAGAUUUAUCAAUUGCAACAGCAAAAUUUUAAUGGUCAUAUAACAGUACCCGUUCUGUUUGAUCUUAAAACUCAAAAAAUAGUAAAUAAUGAAUCGUCUGAAAUAAUUCGUAUGUUAAAUUCUGAAUUCAAUAUGUAUGCAAAAUAUCCUGAUGUUGAUCUUUAUCCAGAAUUAUUACGAGAAAAUAUUGAUUCAAUUAACGAUGAAGUGUAUACAAAAUUAAAUAAUGGUGUUUAUCGAGCUGGUUUUGCUAGAACACAAGAAGCUUACGAAAAUGCUUGUCAUGAUGUAUUUGAGGUACUUGAUAAAUUAGAGAUUAUCUUAUCAAAAUCACGUUAUUUGGUCGAUAAUAAACGAUUGACAGAAGCUGAUGUUCGAUUAUGGACAACACUUGUAAGAUUUGAUCCUGUUUAUGUUACACAUUUUAAAUGUAAUAAAAAAUUAAUAACAAAAGAUUAUCCAAAUUUAUAUGGUUUUCUACGUGAAAUAUAUCAAAUGAAUGGAAUUAAAGAAACAGUUAGAAUGGAUGAAAUAAAAAAACAUUAUUUUGCAUCACAUACAUCUAUUAAUCCGAUGAGAAUUGUAGCCGCAGGACCAGAAAUCGAUUAUGAUAUUCCUCAUAAACGAGAUACUAUAAACUAG